UCAGUGGCAGUGCGCAUGUGCGAAAUUUCGAGAGGGACGCUUGAGAAACUGAAACUGCAGACGAUAUCUAUGCUUAUAAUUAACAGCCUUCAGUAAAGGUUAGAUUGAAGUUCACGGCAAACGGAUCCCAACGGGCACACGGUGUGAAAUAUUUCACCACUAUUUAGAAAAUCUAUAGGACAGAAAGAAAACCAUGUCAACUCAGCCUCUCAUCAGAUCAAAGCAGACCGAGAAAUCAAUCAAUGGAAUAUCCACACAGGUUGUUUGCACAGAAUUCAGUAACUACAUAUUUAUAGUUCUCACACAGUAUGGAAAGAUUGGCUCUUUAGUAUCAAUCACACCUGACUCCAGAUCAGGUGAUAUCAGCACUGCCAUGUUCACCACCAAAGUGUUYCUGGGAAAAGAAGAGGCUUUGACACACGUCUGUGCCAAAAACUUGGCAACAUUUGUGUCACAAGAGGCAGGCAACAGGCCUGUUCUACUGGGGUUGGCACUCAAGGACAGUUCCAUAGAAGCAAUAAAGGCCAUGAAAGAUGUAAUCAAAAGUUGUCAAGUCUGGUAACUACUGGUACAGGGGACGAGCAACAGAAUAGCCUACCUGGAAAGACAAUUUAAGAAAAGGCUUCAUACACUUAACACAUUUUUCCCUCAAUGUUUUUCCAUCCUUUAAAAAUGUAUUUUGUUAUCUGUUGUUACUUCUAAGCAUGAUGUGGUAAUAAAUGGGAAGUUUAUGCWUUAUAAAUGCCUAUGGAAUUUUGGGGAUUGAGUGGGAGCCAAUGGCCACAAACUGAUUCUGUUUGAGACAACCAUCUCGAUUUUAAAGCCACACUCUGAAUACUGUUAGUGCACAACUAACACAAAUAUAAAUAAAGGAGCAAAUGCAUCUCAUUCCCAUGAAAUUCA